UCUACAUUAAACAGAGAGUAAAGCAGUUUAUAUGGUAUUUAGAUCACCACGUUGCGACGGCUUUUUCCUUUAAAUGGGGUCAUAGCGGAGUAAACGUCGCGCUAACAAACGUGUUGGGUAAUGUCAGACGUCGAAAUAGCAUGCUAGCAGUAUGAUACUAGACAGAUGCUUAUAGCGUUCUUACAUUUAGAUUGACGCCAAGUUACUAACACGUAUCCAAAUGAAAGUGUAAUGACCUAUUGUCCGUAACAUCUGGGUUGAUCGUAUCCAAAGUUAAGAGAGAGAUUUAGAAGAUGACCCAGACAGUGCAGUCCAAUGGAGUGCAGCCUCUCAGUAAAACAUGGGAGCUGAGUUUGUAUGAAUUGCAGCGGACCCCCCAGGAGGCGAUCACAGACGGGCUGGAGAUCGCAGUCUCUCCCCGAAGCCUCCACAGUGAGCUGAUGUGUCCCAUCUGCCUGGACAUGCUGAAGAACACUAUGACAACCAAGGAGUGCCUCCACCGUUUCUGUGCUGACUGCAUCAUCACAGCACUGCGAUCUGGGAACAAGGAGUGCCCAACCUGCCGGAAGAAGCUGGUUUCCAAACGCUCCCUCCGCCCUGACCCAAACUUCGACGCCCUAAUCAGCAAGAUAUACCCCAGCAGAGAUGAGUAUGAGGCCCAUCAAGAGAGAGUCCUGGCCCGCAUCAACAAACACAACAACCAGCUAGCUCUCAGCCACAGCAUCGAAGAGGGUCUCAAAAUCCAGGCCAUGAACCGGUUACCGAGGGGCAAGAAGCACCAGAUGGAGAACGGCAGCGGGGCGGAGGACAAUGGCGACAGCUCCCACUGCAGCAACGCCUCGGUCCACAGCAACCAGGAGGCCGGGCCCAGCAUCAAGCGCACCAAGACCUCCGACGACUCGGGCCUGGACAUGGACAACGCCACGGAGAACAGCACGGGCGACGCGGCCCUUGACGGCGCCAGCGAGAUCGAGCUGGUCUUCCGGCCGCACCCCACGCUCAUGGAGAAGGACGACGCGGCGCAGACCAGGUACAUCAAGACUUCAGGGAAUGCCACAGUGGACCACCUGUCAAAGUACCUGGCGGUUAGGCUGGCCCUGGAGGAGCUCCGUAAGAACGGCGACGCCAGCCCCAUCAACGUGGAGGCAGCUAGCGAGAAGCAGUACACCAUCUACAUCCCCACCGCUAACAGCCAGUUCACCGUCCUGAAUGGUUCCUUCUCCCUGGAGCUAGUGAGUGAGAAGUACUGGAAGGUCAACAAGCCCAUGGAGUUGUACUUUGCCCCGACCAAGGAGCAGAAAUAGUCCCGUUGCUGACCCCACCACGGGGUGGGGCCUGGGCAGGUCUGGGCACGGCUCAGUGACUGACACUUCCUUCAUCUCCUCUCUCUGUCAAACUCAUCAGUCUCGGAAGUCCUGCUUCUGAUUUAACUAUGGCUGCUUUCUUUUUGUCUUUUUUUGUUAUUUUUAUGGCAUUUUGUAGGGGUAAACGGUAUGGGGGUGGGUUUAUCGUGGGCAUGUAACAGUGUUUUUUGUUGUCGUUUUGUCUUUUAUAUCCCUAUACACACAUUGUUUAAACAUCAGGCACUCAUAAUUUGAACAUAACCAAUUUCUGGCAUCCAGCAGCAGGGAGCAGAGCCUCCUCUUUGUGUUCACUUUCGAUCACUCGGAGAUCUCGCUGAACUAUUCAUUUUAAGAAAAAUAGGAUGCUUUAUUAAUUAUUACGAUCCAAAGUUUUUGUCUUUAAUACAAGCACGUUUUAAAUUUGCCGACUCAUCAAAGCCAGUCCCGUUUCUGCCUGCUGCUCUCCAUUUUGGUUGCCUGGUCCCACAUGUACAUUUUCAACCAUCGAUUUUUGACACCAUCACCUUUUCGGACAACAAAGGGAUCACGAAGACCGACUGUAUCAAUGUGGACAAUGGGCUUGACCGUUCACUGUAACGUGACCAGACAUUUUCCGUGAGUAUCCAUCACUUCCCUGGGAAUAGCUUUCGGUGUGAAAUGCCAGUUGGUUAUUCCUGCUUAGCCGAUGUGCCCACAGAUUCUUUUGUGCUUUUCAUCACGUAUGGGCUUUCUAUAACAUGUUGUGGCAGCAGCUAUACAUUAGUCAUGCUGUACAGCAGAUGCUGAAUGUCGGACUUGCAUAAACAGAUGUUUCUAAGCCUUUGGAAAGCAUUUAGAACUGUUGUCAUAAGAGUUGUCAUAAACAAUAAAGGAAGCAUUUCAUUUCUGUUUGAGAAAGAAGCCAAAUAAUGAUUUCAUAAAAAACAUUUUGAAAACUUUUUUCAAAUUCAGUUCAUUGGAAAAUAUGAAAACAUUUAUAGCAUGUUUAAUUUUAGGUUGAUGUCUUUGAAAAGGAAAAAAAAAAAGGUUAAAUGUUAUGUUUUUUGUGGUAAG